UAAUUGCUCCAUGAAGAAUUGGGGGCAAUGGCGCACAUGAGGCUUCCUCUCCUAAUGUUGGCCUUGUGGGUUGGUGUUGGAGUAAACCUCCAAGUUGGGGGUGACCAGAUGAAGCCGGCCCGUGCACCUCUGAUCCCUCACCGGCCUUUUGUUGUAGUGUGGAACGCACCUACAGAGUCCUGUCGCCUUCGAUUCAAGGUGGACCUGGACCUCAGUGUUUUCGAUAUUGUAGCAAACCUCAACGAAACCCUCAGUGGACAGAAUGUCACAAUAUUCUACCACAGCCACCUGGGAUACUACCCAUACUACUCCAACUCUGGGGUCCCUAUUAAUGGUGGUUUGCCACAGAACCAGAGCGUCUCCAAACAUCUAAGUAAAGCCCGGACCGACAUUGACAAGCUGAUCCCUCACAAGGAUUUUCGGGGCCUGGGUGUCAUUGACUGGGAGAACUGGAGGCCUCAGUGGGUAAGAAACUGGGGAUCCAAGGACAUCUACCGCAAUAAGUCCAAGGAACAGAUCAGGAAACGUCACCCAAACUGGCCAGAGAGCAAAGUGGAGAAGGAAGCAAAGGAAAGCUUUGAGAGAGCUGGGCAGACCUUCAUGAACCUGACCUUAGCUUUGGCUGAGGGCCGCAGGCCGGACGGGCUGUGGGGGUUUUAUCUGUUUCCAGACUGCUACAACUACGGGUACAAGGAGCACCCACAACAUUACACUGGCGAAUGCCCCAACGUCGAGCAUGUUCGCAACGACCAUCUGAUGUGGCUCUGGAGGGAGAGCACGGCCCUCUACCCAUCCAUCUACCUGGAUUACGAGCUCAAGUCCUCCCAGAACACUGUCAAGUUUGUCCACUAUCGAGUGAAGGAAGCCAUGAGGAUUGCUUCCAUUGCCCGUACAGACUUCACAUUGCCCGUGUUUGUCUACUCCCGACCUUUCUAUGCCUACACCUUUGUGGUUCUUUCAGAGAGCGACUUGGUUCAUACCAUCGGGGAGAGCGCUGCUUUGGGAGCAUCAGGCGUCGUCCUCUGGGGAUCAUCAGAGUAUGCACGAUCACAGAGGAACUGUCUGACAGUGAAGACGUACAUUGACGGUCCGUUGGGACAUUACGUCAUCAAUGUCACAUCUGCUGCUAAGCUGUGCAGCAAAGCACUGUGCAAGAAGAACGGCAGGUGUGUCCGCAAGAGCCUCGACUCAGACGCUUACCUGCACCUGAACCCCCGCUUCUUCCACAUCCACCGCAACCCAGCGCCCGGGGGCCCCUAUUUUCAUGUCAGCGGCCACCUCAACAACCAUGACAUCCUGGACAUGAAGCACAAAUUCACCUGCCAGUGCUACCAGGGCUGGACGGGCGUCCACUGCGAGAUGCCCCAUGCCCCUCCUCCUCCUCCUCCCCCUCCUCCCCCGCCUCAGCCUGUCAUCCCUCUGCCUCACCCCCGUGGGAACAGCCUGCUUGGAGAUAUCUUGUUCCUCCUUUCCCUCCAUUUCUCCUGUCUGUGCAUCAUCAUGUUCCUGGGACUCUGUUUGAUCAUCAAGUGUCUGAUUCUGUAGCCAACAAGACUUUGUGUUAGGUCCAGAGAGUCGCCGUGACAACAGGAAGGUCUGUAGAGCAGUGAGUCAGUGUGAUCAGAUGCAGUUCCACUAAUGUCUAUAGGUGCUCUUCCAAGAAAACUAAGACUGUACUGAAAAACAGACGUGGCCCGUCCAUAUGUGCAGUUGGGGGAGCGCCCCAUACAAAAAAAACAAUCCACCUCAAAACUCAGUUCCUCCUUGCAAACUAUUGUUCCACGUUAAUGCAUCCUACAUUGAUUGAUUAUAAGUUAGUCAACAUUUAUCGAUUUUUUAAAAGUACCUUAAAAUAGUUGUUUCAUUAAUUCAGUCUCAAAGUGCAUUGGGCAUUAUUGGGGCAGGAGACCUCAUUUAUCAUAUCACCUAGUGGUCAAAGACAGGAAAUGCAAUCAGCACUGCUUAGAGGCUCAUUUUCUUGAGUUAGUCUGCGGCGCACUUGUUUAGACUUAAAGCAGAAAUGGCGACCAGCAUCGACGCAGGUUCCGCUGUUUCUGAUACUGUAGAAAUACCAUGUCAUAGGACAGAUUAAAUGGAUUGCUGUGUUUUUUACUGCAAGUUCCUUCCAAGCUCCUCACGCUGUGAACAGACACUCUGAAGGAAACAUCACAGGUCACUUGCAUCCAUGACCACCACUGUUGUUCCUUAACAUACUGCGCAAAACAUUUGCACAGUAUGUCCCAAACAUUCUACGCACUAAAUACAGUCUGUCUGUUUUUAGUGAAAACUAAACUGAACAACAAGGGCAACGUGACUGAAAGCUCUGCACUUUACACUCAAAAGCAGGUGGACUAUUUCUGUUAAAGGAUGUUAAUGGUAACUAGCUUCAAAUGAACUUUUAGUAUUAUCGACGAAACACCGGAAUUACAACCAUGCAUGCUUUUUCAAUCUCAUGAAACUUCUCCUUUAUGUCUACUGCAGCCGGGGACAAUGCCCAUUUUAAUCCAUCACUGCCUGUUGCUGUUGAGUUCUUUACAUGAAACUGUAGAAAUUGUGUCGAAACCUGUCAUUUUCGAUUGGCAAUGACAACUGGGAGGAAACAAAAGUAAUGAGCUGCUCCAUUCCUCCAUUUUACCUUUUGGGGUUUUUUUGUGCUGGGAAGGCAAGAAAAAAAUAAAACAGACACCACCCUCAAAACUCUUUAAAUACAGAUUAUUUAUCUUAUACUAUGCCCCAUGGACACAAUUUCAACAUGUCUGCACAUGUACUGUAUGCCUGCUUACAGUAAGAAAUGCUGGUAAACUAUGAUUCGGAUUAUUGGUUUUGAGAGGAGGGGUUAAGGGAAAUGUAAAUGUCUAUUGCAAUUUGUUCUUGUGUGUGUGUGUGUGUGUGUGUGUGAUUACAGUUUAAAUGAAAGAGAUAAGUGAAAUAAUUACCUUUUCAUAAAUGUUCAACAAGAGGCUCUGCUGCAAACUCCUUAUUAGCUUAUGUUUAGUUUGAAUUACUUUUGUAUGGAAGCAAUAUAAAAUUGAGAAAAGGCAUUGCAUAGUUACAGAUGAAGUGAAAGAAUGAUGGACUUUUUGCCAACCAGCAAGUGGCAUUUAACCUGUUGCACAUCAAACUGAUGAUUUGUACCAGAUUUCUGUUACCUUUAGAGAAAGUGUAGAGAGCGACAAUGAACGGCAGUUCAGUUUCUCUUUCUCUCUAAUUAUGGAUAAUGCCUGUGAUGAAGCUGACAUCGCAGGCAACCCUUUAACAGGCUGCUGAGUGAAGAUGCAGUUCAGCGGUGACAGUGCGUAUCAAAUGAGUCACUGCAUGGUAACAUGACCGAACAACAGAACAAUAGUCCCCGUGUUUGUCCCACGGGGAAAGAAGGGACAGCCCAGUGUCAAAUGCUGUUUUGGGUGAUGAGAGGAUGGAGCAAAGAGCAACUGUAGCGACUGGACAUUUGGGAUUCACGCUACUUAAAAAGAAAAUUUGUCAAAACAGAGUCAACUGUGGAUUAGAGAAAGUGUUGUAGAAAGAUGAUUCUUCAACAGCUUAAAUGUAACAGGAGCUUGAGAAAUGCAUGAUUCAGCUGCUAUUGCUGGAGGAUCACAGAGCUGCACGUUAUUCAGAUUAACUGGGGGGUGGUGAGUUUGAUGAAUCCCCAACCUCAUUUUACCUCAUGAGUUCCUGCAAAGUUAAGGAAAGAAGAAGUUCAACAUUCAUUUCAAUAUGUUUAUUACCUUUCUGAGAGGUAGAUGUUCAGAUGCAUCAAUCUCACAUUACACAGUCACGUCAUUAGCCAAGUUUAGUAUAAAGGCCUUUAAUAGUUCCCUUAAAUUAAAUCAGUUAGUUCCCCAAACAUACAAGAUUUUUGUCCAUUAGGAUCCAUGAAUUAUUCUCCAGGAAAUUGGUGAAAAUGUGAUGUUUAGAAAUAAAAUCCUGGAUCUACCCCUUUCCGCAGAUCAGUGUCAAUAUUGAAUGGGUUCUUUCCCGGCCCAUGUCCCAUCCUUUCACCAAGAUUAGUGGAAAAAGGUUCUGUAGUUUUUGUGUAAUCUUGCUGAAGAAGAAAUAAUCACACAAGCAACAGGGUAGCGCAUAGUCUCCUUGGUGGAGGUAAAAAUAAAGAAGAAUUGUUUGUUUCAUUUUCCAGGAAAUUGGUGAAAAUGUGAUGUUUAGAAAUAAAUCCUGGAUCUACCCCUUUCUCCAGAUCAGUGCCAAAAUUGAAUGGGUUCUUUUUCGGCCCAUGUCCCAUCCUUUCACCAAGUUUAGUGGAAAAAUGUUCUGUAGUUUUUGUGUCUGCUGACGAACAAAUAAACACACAGGGAAAUGUACAUUAAAGUGACUUGACCUGACUUUUUUCAUGACAGACUGUUGUAUGAACAGACAGGACUCAUGUUCUAAAUUCAAACAAACUAUAUCACAUCACAGUAUUCACUGCUGACUGUAACCAUGGCUGCUUGCCACAGAGAAAAAUGUGCAGUGCUUUAUGUCCACUUAUAUUUUUUGCUCAUUAAAUGCAAACACUCUAUUGCCACU